AUGAUAGUGAAAGAGGACAAGCACGAAGAAAAUACAGAAGCUGUUACCGACGAGGGAGAUAUGAACGGAGAUUACUACCUGUCGAAUGCAAAAGCUGCAGUGGGCGGGGAUGAGGAGGACAGGAUCGACAGUAAAUUAGGGGUGCCCCCUGUACUGGAUGCCGGUAUUCUCGAGGAGAUGAACGACAGAUGCGAUAAGAAGUUGAGGCAUGCCGACCUGAAUGCUUCGACAUCCACAGUCAUCAACUCGGAAAGAAUUGACUCAGGGGCGAAGCCAUCCGCAGCCCUACUUAGCAUAAUGAACGACGACACAAUAGAUACACGGACAAAAUUAGAAAGAAUGGUAGAAGAAGACAGAGGCGUCUUGCAAUGGCGCGUUGGCGGCCCCGUUGAGUAUCGAGACAAAGGGAAUGAGAGAGAACGCCCGCGACCGAAGCCUCCGGCAAGACCGCAGCACAAAUUGGGUAGGCAAGACGGGCCACACCUAGGGGAACCGAGUUGCCCUAGCCAUAGCCGCUUGUUGCAGCUCCUCCACCCCCAGUGGCGCACACGCAAGCGGGAGUAG